AUGACUUCCAACAGCCUUGUACAUCCUUAUUUGAGACCAACAUUCUAUGCAUGGCGUUAUAGUGAUAUUGUUUUUGGGGUUUUUCAGGUAAUGUUCCACAAGUCUGAUUGCACAUGCAGUUGCUCAUGCAGGCGUUUUGAACAGUUUGGUUUGCUAUGUAGACAUAUAUUCUACGUUUUGAGUCUUAUGGACAUUAGGGAAUUUCCAAAACAAUACAUUCCGAAUAGAUGGCGCAAAGAGGCCUCCCCAAACUGCUCUCCUGAAUUCUCAAUUAGUCGUGAAUAUAUGACCGAGCUUGAUCCUGAUGUGCAAAGUAUGAUGCGAGAUAUUAUUUAUUCAACCGAAUACACUUUGAACCGUUUAUCUGGUAAUAAAGAGGAGCUAUCCUUAUACAAGGAUCAUGUUCAAUCUUAUAUGAAGAAGGUUCAAGAUAUGCAGAUUGUUGCUCCUCCCGCUAGUUCUAGGGAUAGAUUUGCCGAGAUAACUGGUCAAUAUAAAAACGACAAGAAUCCGAUAAGAGUCCCUGUAGGUUAUAAAUCCAAAGGUUCUGGUUCUCGAAAGCGCCUGAAAUCUAAACAGGAGAUAGCAAUCGACAAAAAGAAAUCAAAGUCGAAACCCGGGGCCAAAGAAAGACAGUGUCAUAACUGCAAAGCCUAUGGACAUUACGCAUCAACAUGCAAACAGGCCGUAAUUAAAAGAAGAUCGACAAGGUCUUCGAGAGCCAGUGAAGAGUAG